GUGCUCACCCUGGCUGAUCAUCCUGUGGCUUACCUCUAUUUGUUGCAUGAGUCCCUCUGGAAGAUGGAACACAACGGGAUUCUGGCUAGUCUGCUACUGGCUACUAUUCUCUCCCAAGAGGCAGGGACAGCAGCCAUUUUGGAGUUUUCUGGAGGAUGCUCUUGUGUUCAAAUCGGUGACUAAGUAAUGAAGCUCAGUGACACACAGACUCCAGGGAGCCCCUUCAAGAUAACAGUGAAUGAAUAUGAGGACAAAGUAUUUGUGACCUGCAAUACCAGCAUCAUGCAUCUAUAUGGAACGGUGGAAGAAUGGUUUGCAAAGAAUAAAACACUCAACUUGGGAAGAGGCAUCCUGGACCCACGAGGGAUGUAUAUGUGUAAUGGGACAGAGGAGCAGGCGAAGGAGGUGUCUACUAUACAAGUACAUUAUCGGAUGUGUCAGAACUGUGUGGAGCUGGACUCAGCUACCAUGGCUGGUGUCAUCAUGGCUGACCUCAUCGCUACUCUGCUCCUGGCUUUGGGAGUUUAUUGCUUUGCAGGACAUGAGACCGGAAUGCUUUCUCCGGCUGCUGAGGUUCAAGCCCUGCUGAAGAAUGAGCAGCUGUAUCAGCCUCUUCGAGAUCGCGAAGAUGCCCAGUACAGCCGUCUUGGAGGGAACUGGUCCAGGAACAAAAGAUCUUGAGAUGGAGGUUUCUCAGAGUGUCAUGUCAACAGUGCCUUCCCCUUGUGCUCAACCAAUAAAGACGUGUUCCUUCUGGCA